AUGGCGAGGGAAGUGCAGCGAGUGAGCAACGGGCAGGCACGACGGGACUGGAUGUAUUGUGCUGGCAGGUGCGCGGGCUCGAGACAGACUGCUGGGUCGUUGGCGGGCAUCAACACAGGCAAGAAGCCGGGAUCUCAGUCAUCCAUCAGGGCAAGAGCGGCGCGGGACGUAUUUAAAGGCACGAGGCCCCUGCAGGCGUCAAGCGCGUCGAAAAGCGCUGACGCUGGACGGCAUGGUGCACUCUGGCGGACGUCCCCCCAGUCGCAGCCCGUCUCGGCCAGCGAGCACCUGAAGGGAGCCGAGAGUUGCAUUAGCACUGCUGCUAUUAAUCUGCCUGCCCUGUCCCAUGCUGCCAGCGCCCAGCAAACCCUCGGAGCUGGGGCCCAAAGCGGCAAGGCGGCUUCCCCGGCCAGCCAGCCCACGUCGACAGACAAGACAUGGCAGGCAUCGCAGCGCAGCGGCUCUGACUCUGCCACUCCCCGUGGCGACGGCGUCGUCGCAUUCUUUGAUUUCACCCUCACCGCUGCCGGGGCGCACGCCUAUCCUAGUGCCACGCCCGUCAUGCGCAUGAAUGUUGCCAUGUCGCCUCCUGGAUGGAUGGCUGACCGACGAUGGAUUCCAGGUGCACCGCUGCUCGCCGUCUUCCCAGCGCGCCAAACUGGCCUCGCUUUAGUCUUUCCGCCCAAUCACCGACGGUACGGUUCCGCCAAGCCAGCUCUGCGAACUCCCGCACCACGCCGUCGCCAGUCGUCGUCGUCCACGCCGCACCACAGCGUGCGAUGGAAUGCGGCACAGCAACAGCUACUGCGCCGUGCCGGUCCUCUCCUGGACCCCGGUGCCCAAGCGUACAAAGGGCACGCUGAUGAGACAGCGUGUUGGGACUGUUGGUCUUGUUGCGAAACAUGCCUCCAUCCAGUAAUCCACUGGAUGGCUAGGGCUCACAUGGCUGUCGGGCGUCUGCUCGCUUUCGCUGCAGUCCGAGAUGAGAAGUUGCAUCUGGUACCGGCAAGACAUGGCAAUUUCCGCAUUUUACAGCACAUCGAUCAAUCAGCGCCUGGCUUACGCGAGAGGCCGCAUCUGAACUCGGGUAGAGGUGAAAUUUGGCUCCCACUCUCCGAAUCCCAGGUUCCCGCCAUGCAGUGGAAGCCUGGCCGCUGCAGCUUGUGCAAAGUCCUGUAA